CUGUGUGGUUACCGGGAGCCGUAAACAGGUGUGCAAGCAUCUGGAGAGCUGUCGGGAUGCAGCAGAGCGGGGCGGCUGGAAGCCAUGGCUGCGCUCUGUGCCCACUGCUGGGCGUCCUGUUCUUCCAGGGUAUUUACAUCGUCCUUUCCCUGGAGAUUAAAGCGGAUGCCCAUGUCCGGGGGUAUGUUGGAGAAAACAUCAAGUUGAAAUGCACCUUCAAGUCGACUUCAUCUGUCACUGACAAACUCACCAUAGACUGGACAUAUCGACCUCCGAGCAGCAGUCGCACAGAAUCAAUUUUUCAUUAUCAGUCUUUCCAGUACCCAACCACAGCAGGCACAUUUCGGGAUCGAAUUUCCUGGGUUGGAGAUGUGUACAAAGGGGAUGCGUCCAUAAGCAUAAGCAACCCUACCAUAAAGGACAAUGGGACAUUCAGCUGUGCUGUGAAGAAUCCCCCAGAUGUGCACCAUAACAUUCCGGUGACAGAGCUGACAGUCACAGAAAGGGAUUUUGGCACCAUGCUCUCCUCCGUGGCCCUACUUUCCAUUCUGGUCUUCAUUCCCUCAGCUGUGGUGGUGGUUCUGCUGCUGGUGAGAAUGGGGAGGAAGUCUGCGGGGCUGAAGAAGAGAAGCAGGUCUGGCUAUAAGAAGUCGUCUAUUGAGGUUUCAGAUGACACUGACCAAGAGGAGGAGAAUGACUGCAUGGCUAAGCUUUGUGUCCGCUGUGCAGAGUGCCUGGAUUCAGAUUAUGAAGAGACAUAUUGAUGAAAGUCUGCAUGACAUACGAAGAGUCACCUAGUAACAGAAAACAGCCUGUUCCACUGGCAGCUAAAGCCUCUCAGAGAAGUGGAGCUGGACUGGACAGUAGUGAUGGAGGAUUCUGGAAGUCACCAGUAAAGACUUUAGGAGUCAUUAAUUUAUUGAAGAAAUGUUCUUUUUGUAUUUAUAAACUGCUCAAAAACUCUCAGAAGAGACUUGUAACUACCCCUUUUAAUAACUUAUACUCUAAUUGAAUGAAGAAUUUCUUGUCCUAUACAGGAAGAUGCCUUUUGUUUUGCCUUUGCUCUUGAAUGUAUUACAUGUUUUCGUCCAUUUAUUUAAAGGGAGAAUCCUAGAUGUUGGCCACACUGCUGAUGCCUCUCUCUCUCUCCCCCCACCCCUCCCUCUCUCCCUCUCUCUCUCUCUCUCUCUCUCUCUCUCUCUCUAUAUAUAUAUAUAUAUAUAUAUAUAUACAAAUGAAAUGAAGCUUGGGGCUUCCUGAUGUGCUCCCAGAUAAAAUGUUUGUUUGGGAUACGAAUUCUAUGAUUUUCAUCUGUGAGUUAGCAUACAGCAUAUACUCAUUGGUUUAAUUCUUAUCAUCCAAUGUGUUUGGGUGGCUUGGAGUGUAUAACCCCAAUAUUUUUAGAGUUGGUAGGAUCAGGAGUCAGUGGUUUGUUCUGACUGGGGUUUUGAAGUAUUAAAGUGCCAUCAGUUUACAAUUAAGAAAAGAAAUGAUAAGGUAGAAGGAUGCCUUUCUUUUGUCUUACUAGGUAGGUGCAGUCUGUAGUUUUACUUUCUUAGGGCUGACUGAGUUAUGGUUUUCUUCUCGGUUUUUCAGAUCAGCGAGGCGAGAAAAACUCUUCAAAAGAUUUUUAGUGGGGAUGUGUAGAAUGUUUUAUCAGUUAUUUGCAAUGAAAUCAUCUUUUAACCUGUGUUAUUCUUCAAAGCUUUUUGAUUUCUAAAAUGUGCCAAAUAUGACCAAAUUAAGGUAUUUACAAACUGUUUUUGCAUAAUAUUUGAGAUAAGGAAGUGAGGGUGUGCAUCACCUAUACUUCCUCCUUCUGUUCUCAUGAUACCUUCUAUCAACUUCCUCCAUUCUGCUACAGCAACUUAGUUCAAAUUUUAAUUUGCCUGGGGUUUUCUGUAAGCCAUUAGGAAAUAUGUAUGCCAUGUCAGGAACAGGUGACUGUGUAGUCUUCUGUAACAGAGUUUACUUCUUAAUGAUGAGAGACAGAAAUUAUCCUCUCCUCCUGUCUUUGAUUUCUCAACAGGAUGUUCCCUUUCCACCCUUCUUUGCUAGGUGGCUCAGGAGAUUUCCAUAUUAUAGCAUAAUAUACUGUAUGCUAUAAAAAAAUCACUUUUAUAUUUUUGCCAAGAUCUGUUUUUAAAAAUUUGGGUUAUUAGUUCUGUCUCAUAGGUUUGGUCUGGCCUCUUUUGUUAACAUAAUCCUUAGAUUGAAGAGUCUGGUUAAAGAGUCUGGUUAAUAGAUGUUAUGGUUUAUCUCUGGUCAAAUACGGAAGAAGCAGCAAAGGCACGAUUGACAGUUUAUAUUAACAGUGGUUAAAUCUCAUAGUCUUGGGCUUUUUGUUAAGUAUGUGGCUGUCUGGGGCCAAUCUAGUGAGACAAUCUGACACCUCAGCACAGAGAGGAAGACAACUGGAGCAAUGAGAGUAAAUAAUUUGGGCUCUAGGACUUGGAAGAUAGAGAUCUAAUUGUGAGCUAGACUUUUUGUGGGUCCUCAUUUCUCUAAGAGGUGACGUUACGAGAACCCAGGUAAAGCCCCAUCCCAGUAAAUGAAGAACCAGUUUUGUCUGGGUUUUCUUGUAAUUUCCUUUCAGGCAUGUGAUGAGGAUUAAUCCAGUGGGAUAUGUUUGUCACUUUAGGUAAAUGGUGCUAUGUGAAUACUUACUCGUGUUAUUUCAUAGCCUUGAUCGUGGUUUGACCCAGUCCCUUCCUUUUUGAAUGACUGAACAGUAGAAUCCUUCAGGGUAGCAGAGCAGGUUGAUCAUUUAGUCUCCUUCAUCGGCUUGUGGCCACAGCACCGUCUUAAGGCUGCUGUCAGUUAUCUUCUUCAUCCCUUACAUUGAGGUCUGGGUUACAGCUUUUUUCUUCUUUAAAGGAGCACAAAGCAGUGUUUGGACACCUUGCUUCUUUAAAGAUGGAAGGAAGAUAAAGUGUUGUUUUUUUUUUUUAACUUACUGUUUUAAUAUCUUCUAAGGUGCUAUCCUCUCUUUUUUCUUUUCACUGCUCCAUGAGUUCUUAUCACACUGUAUGGAGAGCAGCCUGGUCUAGAAAGGGAAUUUAAUUCUGAAAGCUUCAGCGGGGGUUAAAAGCCUUUCAGAAUUUUCCUUUGGCUGCCGAAGUCUUUGCUUGUGGUUCCGUUACUUGAUGAGUUUUUUGCAUUGAACUUUUAAUUCUGUUACCAAAUGUGAACUUAUAAAAUGCUUUCUGUUUCCGUGUGGCUGUUACCUCAGGCUUCUUGGGGGAACAUUUUAGUUUCCUGCCACUCUCAAACGGGGCUCUGGUGCUUCAUGAGGGAAUUUGUGUAGAAAAAAUUCUGGCAGCCAAAUCUUGACUCUGAAUGUUCUUUUGUGUCACUCAGUUAUGGUUCCAAAGGGGUGCUGUUAGAAGACCGGUAGAAAGUGGACCAAGACUUUCAUUUAAUUGCACAAUUCAAAACUUUGCUGCUAGAAGAGGCAGCUCCAUCGCUUUGACCCCAGUGCCCAACUACUAACAUGCAUUUUGCUGCCUUGUUUGUUUGUUUUGUAGGAGGGGGUGCACUACUGGGGCACGUGCACAGAGACUGUAACUCUUUUUUUUUUUUUUAACAUUUUUUAUUGAGUUAUAGUCAUUUUAGAAUGUUGUGUCGACACUGCAACUCUUGAUAUCAUUAUCACAUUGUAGGUAAUAAACUUCUUUGCACUUUCUGGCUA